UAGCAGAGCCUCUCAAAAGCAAUGUUGAACUACUCACUAGUCACUACUCUAGUAGGUUAAGGCCCAGCCGCAUGACUGCCUCCCUUUCGUGUCUCACGAGCUCCUCCCUCUCUCUCUUUCCCUGCCCCCUCAACUGCUUAUCAGUUUCACAAAUUUCGAAGAGAUUUUCCCUUUGCUUGAAAUACACGUUACAUAGGAGUAGUAGGCAUCCAGCAUUUCGAAUCCCUGUAAAUACUGCACCCUCCUUUCUGUCCUCUUCCUCUGCACUCUGCUCUCUCUACACAUACACAGAAUCUGUUCAACCGUUUGCCCAAUAGUCACAGUUCCGCGAACAUCGAUCGUCUUCCCAUAACUGGGCCCCUGUUUGGCUCUGUUCUGCUUCGGAUAAGUAAAUUUUAUUUAUUUUUUAAAUCUCAAAAAAAUGGUGGAGGGGUGCGAAACAACGGCGGUUUUGGUGGUGAGGGAGUUCGACGGGAAGAAGGAUUGCAAGGGCGUGGAGGAAGUAGAGAGGCGGUGCGAGGUCGGCUCCGGCGGCAAGCUGUCUCUGUUCACCGAUCUCCUCGGCGACCCCAUUUGCAGGGUUCGCCAUUCCCCUGCCUAUCUCAUGCUGGUAGCGGAGGCAGUGAAGGUGGGUGAAGGAGGAGAUAAGGAGGAGAGAGAAAUAGUAGGAAUGAUAAGAGGGUGCAUCAAAAGCGUUACGUGCGGCAAGAAGUUCUCCAGAAGCAGUAGUGGUAAAAACUGCCCAACCGCUAUCUACACCAAACUCGCCUACAUAUUGGGCCUCCGCGUCUCUCCAUCUCACCGGCGAAUGGGAAUUGGACUGGAGCUGGUUCGAAGAAUAGAGGAGUGGUUCAGAGAAAACGGAGCUGAAUACUCGUACAUGGCAACCGAAAACGACAACAAACCGUCCGUUAACCUCUUCACCGUCAAAUGCGGCUACUCCAAGUUCCGUACCCCCUCAAUCCUGGUCCAGCCCGUUUUCGCCCACCGGGUCCGGGUCAGCGCCCGAAUCGCCAUCCUCAAACUCGCCCCCUCCGAGGCCGAAUCCCUCUACCGCCGCCGCUUCUCCACCACCGAGUUCUUCCCCCGAGACAUUGACUCGGUGCUGAACAAUAAACUCAAUCUGGGCACCUUCAUUGCCUUUCCAAAAGGGACUUGUUUUCCCGGGUCGUGGCCGGGUGCGGAUCGGUUCUUAUCCGACCCACCCAGUUCGUGGGCGGUUUUAAGCGUGUGGAAUUGCAAGGAUGUUUUUACACUCGAGGUGCGUGGUGCGUCGCGCGUGAGGAAAGGAUUGGCGAGGACGACCCGGUUAGUGGACCGGGCCUUCCCCUGGCUACACGUCCCGUCGGUGCCGGAAGUGUUCCGGCCCUUUGGGCUGCACUUUUUGUAUGGGCUGGGCGGGGAAGGCCCAAUGGCGGUGAAAUACAUGAAGGCCCUUUGCAGAUUCGCACACAAUUUGGCUAUGGAGAGCGGGUGUGGGGUGGUGGCGACGGAGGUGUUGAGUCACGACCCGCUCAAGUCAGGGGUUCCACACUGGAAGGCGCUAUCGUGCCCCGAGGACCUGUGGUGCAUCAAGAGGCUAGGGGAAGAUUACAGCGACGGCUCCGUGGGCGACUGGACCAAGUCGCCACCCGGAGUUUCUGUUUUCGUUGAUCCCAGAGAGUUCUAACCAAACCAAGAAAACUAAAUUGAGAACUCGAAAGAAUGUUUUUCUGUUUUCUUUUUUGGGUCUCUCUUUGGGGUUUAACUUUAGGUUUAGUUAAAUGAGGGUAGUGGUGGUGGGGGGAGCAAAAGAGGAAACAUGAAAAGUAUGGGGUGUUCUUGACCUUUUUUGGAGGGUAAUGGGUUUUUGUUUGUAAAUGGAUAAUUGCUCCCCUUUUUUUUAAUUUAUUUUGUGAAUGGAUGUGGCCUUUUGGAUCCUCUUUUUGAACCAAAAUCAGAAAGUUGGGGUGUUCCAUGUGGGGUUUGUUAUGUUUUUGGCAAUUAACGGUUGGGAAAUGGGUGUGGUUAUGAAAUCUUGUGCAUCCAAACUAGAAAGUUCCUUUGAAGAGGUUUGUGGAAUCCCUCUUUUUCUUUGUAAA